UUAACAUAAACUAUAUGAACUAAUAAUUUAUAUUUUUAAAUAUAUGAUUUGAUCUAAUAUACCUUUAAGUAUUUACGAUCAAAUAGACGCUUCAAAGUAUAGUCAAAAUACCCAAACAUAAGUAAUAUUCAGGAGGACAUUUUAAACUUUUUCAGUAAAUUUCAGGUACCUUCGUGAUGACACAUUUUAAGCAAACGUUGCAAAUACCACCAUCGCCGCAGAUGCCAACAACUACGCAACCGCCAACAAAGGAGUUUUGUACCAAAACGAGUCCCCCCGCUGUGUAUACCAUAUGUACGUGGGAUGUAAAGAUAGACAAUAUAGUUUCCGGGAUAAUACACAGUACAGGACAAUGGGAGACGCAUAUAACACGAAAACUUUACAAUGUUCUAAAGCAAGAUAGAAAUAUAACAUUUAUUGAUAUUGGUGCUAACAUUGGAUAUUUUAGUUUACUCGCUGCUUCAGUAGGACAAACGGUGGUUUCAGUAGAGCCAUGGAACGAGAAUAUAGAAAAGUUACGAAUUUCUAUUCGAAAGAACAAAUUUGAAGGCAAGAUUACUAUUUUGAAUAACGCUGUUUCAAAUGAUCGGCGAGUGAUACAUUUUCAUGCACCAUACAAGUAUAACCUAGGAGCUACAAGAUUGUUGCCUGAUCCAACUAAGACUGAUAUCAAUGUUUUCUCAGCUACGACUAUUAUUUUAAACGACCUGGUAAACUACAUCCAUACUAAAGAUAUCGUCAUUAAAAUAGACAUAGAAGGUAAUGAAUGCAGAGCACUAGAGAAGUCGAAUGAAAUAUUUGAUAAAUUCAAUGUUUUAUUCAUAUCUAUGGAAUGGGUCGUGAUGAAGAACUUUGAAUAUGAAAUUGACACCGCUUGUACACGGGAAAAUAUAGAGCAGAUGGUGGAAUUUUUGACAAAACAGAACUUUGUGCCUUUCGGGUUUUCCAAAAAUUUACCACUUAAUCCUGAAGAAAAUAAAAAAUGGACAGAAGUCGACGUAUACUGGAAACCAAGAAAUGCAGAAAGUUAAAAACAACGUUUACUUACAUAAGCUUAGCUGUGAAAUUUGAAAACUUUCAAAACAACUUAAGAAUUCAAAAUCAUAUUGUAUUUUUUUAUACGAAGCUUAUAAAAACAGUAAGAGCAGAGUUGUUACAAUUCAUCUCAUUUUAGCACAAAGAAUAUUUAUUGAAUCUGUGUUAUCAGUGUUAUCAAGAUAUUUAUGACUUUGCAGAAAGAACUAGAUGUGUGUUCUUCCGACUACAAAAGAUAUAUGCAACACAACUUUUAAGCAUACUGAAUAUUUUUCACUUAGUCCAAGACCAUAACUCUGACCUGUCUCAGUAAAAUCCAACCAGAACACAAAUUGCACAACUUCACAGGCUAUCCAACAAUCCUUUAUUAUGUUUUAUUAGUCUAGGCACGUUUUGAUAUAAAUGGAAAAAUGUUUAUGCUAUAAUGCAUAUUUUGACUAAACCAUGAACCGUAACAUUAGUUAUACAGGGCGAUAUAUUAGUAUGUGGUUUUAGCCCCUGAAAAAAGUUUAUGAGGGCCGGAAUGUUAAUGCUUGGAGAUAAAGACUUUAUUAAAGUGUAAACAUCCCUGGUUCAUCUGGGUGCUGUCUCCAAAAAAUAUAUGACCACUAUAUGCAAAUUAUAGAGGUCAAAAGGUCAUGCAUUAAAACUGAUAUUUUCACAUAAUUUUUGGCACUGAUGCAAUGAUUCAUGAAUAAUUUCUCAUUAUACAGGAUUUGAUUUACAAUAUUAGGAUUAAAUAAACCAUACACUUGUAUCCAAUUAAUAAAUUAUGACUCGCACCCGAAAACGUAUUGUAUGCUCAUAUAUAAAGGUUAAAGGUCACAGGGUAUAUAUACAGAACAAAACAGCUAACCGCAUUUGCUAAUUUUCAAAUAUCUUUGUAAAUUCUGUAAAUACAAAUUUGAAAUUUAGCAUACUUUUAGAACAAACUUUUGUUAAUAACAUAAUAAAAUUUCAAAAAUAUUAAGUGACGCCAACAUAUAAAUUCUAUUCAAUUUACUAACUCACCUCAUUUGUAAAAAAGUCACAAAAACACAUAAAAGCUGUGUUUUAGUGAACAAGUCAAUACUAUUUGUAAGAAUAAGAACUGUUCAUAUUAACAUUUUUUCUAGCAAAUGGUUAAAUAUGACACGAAUGGUGAAUGCUAUUUUUAGAAAAAGCAAGUUAACGAAGUUAUUCCAUUAUCUUCCCAAAAUACGUUUUUCGUUUUUAGUAUGUACAUGCACAUUGUUAACAUGUUUGUUUACUUUUUGUGACCUGUUAAAAAAUUGGUUUAAAUCGUAAAAUGAAUGAAUAUUGUUUCUGAAGACGUGUUUUGGUUUUGUUGUAAGUUCGGCAUUUUAUCAAUUACAUAUUGUUCUGAGUGUACAUUACAUUUCAAAAAGUAUUUAAUGUUAUUUUUUGAAGAUAUUGGCAAAUAAAUAUGAAGGGCACUUAGCUAUUUUGUUCAGUAUCUAUUAGUUAUAUACAAUUUUUGGAAAGCUUUUAUUUUACAGAUUAAAAACGUCCCAAUAAAUCUUUAUGUAAUAUUUGCAUACAUUUUAUCAUGAAAUACUGUUGAAGUUCACCUUCGGCAGAAAAUAUUGUAAAGUUUUAAAUGUUUUAUUUCGUUGCUUUAUUAGCUCGACUUUUCGAAGAAAAAGUAGAGCUAUUGCUCUCGCCCCAGCAUCGGAGUCGGCAUCGCCGUUGGUUAAAAUUUUUGAUUAAGUCAAACAUAUUUGUUACUAUCAAAGCUAUUGACUUGAAACUUAAAGAGAAUUCCUAUAGUUUUUUUCCUUUCAUAGAAUUUUUUUAAAUUCACAUAUAUGAUAGGAAAAUUUGUGCUGAAAACAAUGAACAAAUAAAAACAAUAGGUCACCAGGCUUGUUUUUGUGAAAAAUUGUUUUGAACACACCCACUGUUGCUGAAACUACUAGCGAUUUUUCAACAUUUUCAUAAUUUUCUGCUUUUUUAUAAAUACCAACCAAAAUAUACAUCAAGACAGCACAAUAAGGUUUUUUUCUUUUUACAGAUUUUAUUAUAUACUUAUUUGAUAUCAUAGUCAUAUUUGUAAUACUCUAUCCUUACAAUAAUGGAUACAAAUGAAAAAAAUAUCGUUUCAUAUUUACUUUUGUGAACUUUUUUUCAGUGAAAAAUACCCAUAGUGAAGAAUAUUUUUUUUUAAUUUUGAAAAAAUUCUUUCAUAUAAUUUUUUCCUGUUUUUUUUUUUGUGUAUAGAUAAUUGUAUUGUGAGCAUAAAAAUGGCUAAACAUGUAUGGGUCACCAGGCUAAAUUUUAUGUUAAGACCGCUAGAAUACAACACCUGUUCGGACGGAAAAUGGCGCGAACCUGGCCAAAUUGAUUACAUGUAUGUCUGCUACAAGUUAAAAAAUUUUUUUAAAAAUUCUUAAUUCUUUCUAUAAUUGAAUACUAAAUAAUCUGAAAGGUAAUAUUGUCUUAUCAGUACUAAGUCAAUUAUCUUACAUUAUAUGAACAACACUGUCUUUGUACCAAAAUGCGAUGUGAAAACACAACCGCAAAAAUAGCAAGAUACCUGUCAGGCAUGAUACUUGUCAAUACAACAUAAACCAGUACCAACAUUUGAUUACUGAUAAAACUUAUCAAAAAUGUUAUUUCAUUCAAGAUUCCUCAUAUUUAAGACUGUCUGUAACACGUUUCAAUAAAUGUUGACUUCAGUUCAGUUUUCCAUAGAAAGUGUCGACUGCGCAGAAAGAUGCGCAUAAAAAACUAUCGGAAUUCCCUUUAAAAUGGUUAUUUACUAUCAAAGUCUACACCAGGAGAAACAAUUCCCAAAACUCUGAUUUGAAUUUUGAUGGAAUUAUGCCCCUUUUUGACAAAGAAUUUUGGUUAAGGUUUUUGAUAAAGUCAAAUAUCUCUGUUACUAUCAAAGCUAUUGAGUCGAAACAUUAAAUAGUUUUUUUACUAUCAAAGUCUACACCAGGAGAAACAAACUCUCUAACUCUGGUUUGAAUUUUUACAGAGUUAUGCCUCUUGUUAACAUUUUUUGGUUAAAGUUUUAUAAAGUUUUUACUGGCAAAGCUCUAAUUUAGAGUCAAGCAAUGAGAAAAUGUCGAGUGCGCUGUCUUACGGACAGCUCUGACUUGUUUUAAUUCGGGUUGAGACUACUUAACCGAAUAUUUCUGAUUUCUUAUGAAGAUGAUUUUUUUUUUGUCUAACUAAUGCAGUCAGUUUGAUCAUACAGAUGCUUCUCAGUUUAAAUAUCACAAAUAUAUGUUAAAGAUCCAAAAGUAGCAGUAAGUGCUAUGAAGUAUAAAUAAACAUGAUCAUAUUGCCUACUGAAAAGAUGCAAAACCUUGCAUAUAAAAGGGUAUUAUUUAUCAACUACAUCAACUACAUCGAUAUUUUAAUAAUAAACCAUUCAAUUACGUUAAUAUUUGAAAAAAAAAAAAAAAAAAAAAAAAAAAAAAAAAACAGAAAAACUUUGCCAAAAAAAAAAUUCAUUCAAUAAAGUUGUGACUUGCGUCUGUGUUCAUAUUCUGGAAAUGUAAUAUUGUUAAUAGCAUUUUUAUAUAUCUAUCAGAACCAAUCGUAAUUUCAUUUUUGAAUUAGUUCUAAAACUGAAGAAAAACACAUUACUUAAACUAUAUGAUAAAAAAGGGAAGUAAUUUCAUCUACAAACAAAAAGGAAACUUAAUUUGGGUGCAUGUGACCUUGACCUUUGCACAUGUCAUAUUGUUUAUAAUGGUGAAUAUUUAACUGGCGUCGUUGGAAUAUACCAACAAAAAUUGCAAGCCUAUAUAUGUAUUAUGUAAGGAUGAUGUCGGCUGUAUGUGGGAGUCGCUAAAACAUGUACAUGUACUUGUAAACUCAUGAUUACAGAACAAUUUUCAGUAUUGUUAAAUAAUUCGUUUAUGUGAAUUUUUUAUAUAUCUAUCAGAACAAAUCGUAAUUUCAUUUUUGAAUUAGUUCUAAAACUGAUUUACUGAAGAUAAACAUACUUAUUAUAUUAUAUGAUAUGAAAGGGAAGUGAUUUCAUCUUCAAACAAAAAGGAAACUUAAUUUGACCUUGACCUUGACCUUUGCACAUGUUAUAUUGUUUAUAAUGGUGAAUAUUUAAGUGGCGUCGUUAGAAUAUAUCAACAAAAAUUGCAAACCAAUAUAUGUAUCAUGUAAGGAUGAUGUCAGCUGUAUGUGGGAGUCGCUAAAACAUGUACAUGUACCGGUAUUUGUAAACUCAUGAUAACAGAACAAUAUUCAGUAUUGUUAAAUAAUUCGUUUAUGUGAAAUUAGCAGAAUAGCAGCAUAGAGCAAUGAGUUCAUACAAACAUUCGGAAAUAUUUAACUGAUUUCCUAUAUGAAAACUCAUCUAGGUUAUCGGUAUAUAACACAUUUACUUGGUUUGAAAUAAAACUUUUAAAAGAGGUAAAA